AUGGAAACAAAAAAUAAGUACUCAAAGAAGGACUUCGAAUUUCUUGGAACAGUCGGCAAAAGUAUAUAUGGCCGAGUAGAGCGUGCAAAACAUAUAGAGCAAGGCAAAGAGUAUGCUAUCAAAAUCAUCGAAAAAAUUCACCUAAAAAAAGAUGAAAAUUCAGAACAAAAAGAAAGAGAAAGCGAAUUGCUGUCAAAGAAUCAAGAACACAUCGGCAUUCUCAAGCUCUACGCUUCAUUUGAAGAUAACGAAUUUCAUUAUUAUGUUAUGGAAUAUUGUCCAAAUGGCGAUAUGGCACAUUUUAUCGAUAGGUUCGCAGGACCAUUACCGUUCGAGCUUGCUAGAUUUUAUGCAGGCGAGUUAGUAAAUAUUUUAGAAUUCAUGCGAUCAAAGUCAAUUAUACAUCGAGAUAUCAAGCCUAAAAAUAUUCUCCUCGCUGCAGACAGCCAUUUAAGAUUAUCAGAGUUUGGCAGCGCAAAACUCUGUGAUGACUUGGAGACUGCAGCAAGCCAAACAUUUGUUGGGACUGCAGAUUAUAUCGCUCCAGAAGUUUUAGAUGAAGGGGAGAUUACCUAUUCCAUAGACUUAUGAGCAUUAGGAUGCAUUAUCUACCAAAUGCUUGUAGGAAAACCUCCAUUUUCAGCAGCGACCCAAUACAUGACUUUUGAUAAAAUCAGAAACGGGGCUAUAGAAUUUCCUCCUCAUUUGCCUCCUUUUGCAAUUGAUUUAAUUCAAUCUUUGCUGCUGCCUGAUCCGUCUAUAAGAAUUGGUGGGAACGAUAUUGUCGACUUAAAAUCUCAUAUAUUUUUCCAAGGAUUGGAUAUCGACUGCAUAUUUUCAUUGACAGUUCCAGACUAUUCUCAUCAUAUUAGGCAAAUUGUUAUGCCAAGAGUCAUUUUGCAAGGAAUCGUCAGGAAAAAGGCAGGAUGGAUCUAUAAGAAAAGAUUAUUAAUUAUUUCUGAAGAGCCAAGAAUUUCUUAUUAUGAGCCUAACGGGGAAGAGUAUAGAGGAGAUAUUGCAAUUUCGCCGGAACUCAAAGCAGAAGUCAAAGGAAGAAGCGAGUUUCAUAUCAUUACACCUAAUCGAACAUAUUACUUCAAAGAGUUAAAUGAUCAGCCUGAAAAGUGGGUCCAAGCAGUGUCUGAGUUGGUAAGUAAAAUUUAUGAAUAA